GCCGAGCUGCAGCCCGGAGAGGUAAAGGAGUUGGUGGCUGGUGAGAUCUCGGUGAGCGGCGAUGGGGAAGGAUUAUUACCGCAUAUUGGGCCUGCCCCGUGGGUCCUCCGAGGACGAUAUCAAAAAGGCGUAUCGCAAGCAGGCGCUGCGUUAUCAUCCGGACAAGAACAAGGACCCCGGAGCCGAGGAACGGUUCAAAGAGAUCGCCGAGGCGUACGACGUGCUGAGCGACCCUAAGAAGCGCGAAAUUUUCGACAAGUACGGCGAGGAAGGACUAAAGGGAGGUGGUCCCAGCUGCAGUGGAGGAGGUCCCAAUGGCACUUCAUUCACCUACACCUUUCAUGGAGAUCCUCACGCCAUGUUUGCAGAAUUCUUUGGAGGACGGAAUCCUUUUGAUACUUUUUUUGUCCAGAGGAAUGGAGAUGAAGACAUGGAUGUUGAUGAUCCCUUCACAUCUUUUCAAAACUUUGGCAACAUCGGCUUUUCUCGAGGUCGUGGGGGCCAUGAAAACAUGCGCAGGAAACAAGACCCUCCCAUCACCCAUGAGUUGAGAGUAUCUUUGGAGGAGAUUUAUAGUGGAUGUACCAAGAAAAUGAAAAUUUCUCACAAACGUCUCAAUCCAGAUGGGAAAAGCACACGUAAUGAGGAUAAGAUUCUAACAAUUGAAGUCAAACGUGGCUGGAAAGAAGGAACUAAGAUUACAUUCCCCAAAGAAGGAGACCAAACACCAAGCAACAUUCCAGCUGAUAUUGUCUUUGUUUUAAAGGACAAGCCACACAGCAUUUUUAAGAGAGACGGGUCUGAUAUUGUAUACCCAGCCAAGAUCAGCCUCCGUGAGGCUCUAUGUGGCUGCACUGUGAACGCACCAACGCUAGAUGGUAGGUCCAUACCAAUGGUAUUCAAGGAUAUCAUUAAACCGGGAAUGAAACGAAGAAUUCCUGGAGAAGGCCUUCCAUUUCCCAAGAGUCCAAACCAGCGGGGGGAUCUUAUUAUUGAGUUUGAUGUAAGAUUCCCAGACAGAAUUCCACAGUCUUCCAAAAGUGUCCUAGAACAGAUCUUGCCAAUAUAGCAAGACUGGCAGAACUGGACUGCAGUGCCUCCAAACCAGAGGAUUUUGGGCUGAAAUUAGGAUUUCGGGGUCUGUUUUGGCAGUGGGUAUGGAGUACCUUCAUGUUGCUAAGAGUUUUCCAGAGAGUCCAAAUCUUGCAAGAUGAAUAUUGCACUGCUCAAUGACUUCAGACCUAGGUUGUCAUUGCUCAAAAUACUUGCAGCAGUGUGCAGUUACUGAUAAAAGGAAUCACCAGAAUAUCUCAUAAUUGCAUAUGAGGAUGACAACCAGUCACGAUUCCUGCCGUCAUUUAUUUGGCUUGCCCAAGUUAGGGCAUGCCCAUGUAUGUCCUCCAUUGGAAAGAAUGACACUAAAAUCUAAACUGGACUUUGAAAGUAAACUUUUCCAAUCUUUUGUCUAUGCUGUACUGUGUUGUCUCUUACCACAUUCUGCACUCUUUUUCCCACUGGGUAUCUUCAGUUUUCUAGCUGCUCUAAUGAAUGCCCUUACUAAGGUAAUCUUAACUGGUGCCAUGUGCUGAUGGUCUUGGAAGAGAAGGCAUUCUUAGACUUGGUUAUGAAAGUAACUUGCCUGUUUUCAGAAGGAUGGGUGGAGUAUGACUUUCUCUAAUAAGAUAAUAGAAUACUGGCCAACAAAAAAACCUGAUAGCUUCUGGAAAGCUUGUAAAGAGACUUACAGGUUUUUCAGUGACAUCUCAGUUUUUCCUACAUACUGAUGCUUGUAUGUCAAACUUGGGCCUGUUGAGUUAUUUGGCCUGUGCCUAACAGUUGGACUGGCAGAAGAUCUGUGUCAAAUGUUCAUAGUUGGACUUGAUUUAAUAAAAAGAUUUCAAAAGGUGUGAA